AUGUCAGAUCAUAUAAUUCAUGAAUAUAAAGGUGAUGAGAAACUUAUUGCAACUACUUCAUUGGUAAGUGAUAUUGAUGAUAAGACGACAAUUAAGACUUCAGAUGUGGAUGUUGAUGACUAUGUUUCCAAAUUCAUAGAGCUUUCAAACUCAGCUAAAGCUGAAGAUUCAAAAGAUAAAAGCAUGCCGUUGAGAGAAGGUGUUAGAACAUUCCCCAAAGCUGUUCUUUUUUCAUUAAUUUUAAGUAGUUGUCUUAUUAUGGAAGGGUAUGAUACUAGUUUACUUGCGUCAAUGUACUCCAACGACCUGUUCAAACUUCAAUUUGGAAAUUAUUAUUCUGAUAUUGAUCAAUAUCAAGUACCUGCGAAAUGGCAAACAGCUUUUUCAAUGGGUUAUCAAACUACUCAAUUGAUUGGUUUGCUUCUUGGAGGAACUUUAGCUGAUGCUGUGGGAUAUAGAAAAACUAUUAUUCCUGUCUUGGUUAUUGAAAUUGGUUUUAUAUUUGUUCAAUUUUUUGCUGCAACUAGAGAAAUUUUAUUAUUGAGUUAUUUAUUAUGUGGUUUAGUUUAUGGAAGUCUUCAAGUUUUAGCUGUUUGUUACGCUACUGAUGUUGCUCCAUCUUGUUUAAGAUUAUAUUUGACGUCUUAUAUUAAUGUUGCUUGGGUUAUUGGACAAUUAGUUUGUAGUGUGGUUUUAAAAGGUAUACAAGAUCUUGAAUUUGCUAGGUCUUAUCGUAUAGCUUAUGCUAUUCAAUGGUUUUGGCCAAUUCCCAUUAUAAUUGGUGUUUAUUUUGCUCCUGAAUCCCCUUAUUAUUUAGUCAGAAAAGGAAGAAUAGAAGAAGCAAAACAAUCUUUAAAAAGUCUUUUAACUGAUAACAAAUAUUUACCUGAUAAAUCAUUAGUUGUUGAAAGUAUGGUUACAAAAAUUCAAUUAGUUAUUAAAGAAGAAGAUAUGACAGGAAAAGGUGCAACAUUUAAAGAAUGCUUUACCGGAACUGACUUUAGAAGAACAAGGAUUGCUGCAAUAGUUUGGAUGAUUCAAAAUGUAACAGGUGCUUCACUUAUGGGUUACUCAACUUAUUUUUAUCAACAAGCUGGUUUAGAUACUUCAAUGUCAUUUACUUUUACAAUUAUUCAAUAUGUUUUAGGAAUGUUUGGAACUUUUGGUUCAUGGGUAUUAAGUAGAAAACUUGGUCGUUAUUCAAUAUUCUUUUAUGGUUUAUGUAUAAUGCUAGUAUUGCUUUUAGUCACUGGUGGUUUAGGAUGUGCAGAUUCAAAUUCAGUUUCUUGGGGAAUUGGUUCAAUGUUACUUGUCUAUACAUUUGUUUAUGAUAUAUCAAUUGGUCCAAUAAUUUAUUGUAUAGUAGCUGAAAUUCCAUCUGCAAAAUUAAGACAAAAAACAGUUAUGAUGGCUAGAUUUUUAUAUAAUGUUGCAGGAAUUGUUGUUUCAAUAUUAUCAAGUUAUAUGUUAAAUCCAACUGCUUUUAAUUGGGGUGCAAAAUCUGCAUUUUUAUGGGCUGGUUUAACUAUAAUAUCAAUCAUAUGGGCAUUUUUUGAAGUUCCUGAGACUAAAAAUAGAACAUUUGCUGAAUUAGAUAAAUUAUUUGCUGAUAAAGUACCUGCUAGAAAAUUUAAAACUACUGAAGCUAAUACUUUUGAUGCUGGAGAAAUGAUGGAAAAAUUAGGUAGUCAAGGUAUAAAAGAUGUUGUUAAUGAAAGAGAACAUAUUGAAUAUGUUGAUGAUGAAUCUAGAUGA